GUCUCCAGGUGACCCUCCAGAGAGGAUUCAGGCAUACAGAAGAAAGAAGCAAGAGAUGGCACAAAGAUGCUCUCUCUUAGACAAUUUUGCUCUGCAUCACUCGACAGACCCAACUGGGGCAACGAAAAAGGUUGACCGCCAAGAUCAUUCCAUAUCGGUGUCGCAGGACAGUGGCUACAGUGACUCUCUAAAGGGAUUCAGCCCAGACUCUCAUAAAAGUGGUCAUUUCUUGGAAACUGUGACUGAGGGAUAUGAAAAUUCAGAAAAUAUAGAUCCUACCUUGAUACUCUCUCCAAUUAAACAUGAAAUCCCUUGGGGAGCAGAUACAAGGGAAUCCAAGCAGCUUGCACCAAUUUAUGAAACCCCCCGCUUUAGUAAGAAGGAUUUCUCCCUUCGUAGAAGGCUGCUCAUUUCUAAAGCUACCUCAGGAGGAAACUUAGAUUUUGAUGCAUCUGUGUGUUCAACAGAAAGUUAUGGCAGGGAAAAGUCCCUUAAGAGUGUUCCAAGUUUUGAGGGAAGCCUUUCAAAUAGCUUUGUAGAUUCCCCAAGAGACAGCAGCUAUAAACCAAUAGCCACCAGCACUUUAAAGACUGAAUCUGAAUCUGGAACAUCUUGCAAAAAAUGGAGACUAUCUUUUGCUCAGCAGAGGAGUUCUACCUUAGAUGAUUCUAAAAGUGACAGUAUUUCUUUACCGGAAGUGGAAAAUAUAUCUCCAGUUCAGCAUUCACUGACUAGUUCAACUGAUGACAGCAUCCUGUAUGAAGAGAAUAUAUUCGGAGCACCAACAACUCCAACCUGUAACUUAAUUGCCAAAGAAGAGUUUCAGACUCCCAUUAGUAACCUUGCAGCAAACUUUAGCUUUAAUUUAUGCACUCCGAGCAUCACCCAUGUCAGUGACUUUGAGAUCUCUGUAACCGAGGACAGCGCAUUUCACUCUCUCAGCCUGGACAAGUCACAAGACUCCAUCACUGAUCAUGAGGGUUCUUUUCAAGAACUAAUUCAAAAGCCCAGAGUGACCCCCAAAGCAGUUCACAAUAAAAAUCGUUCCAGGAAACUAGAUCGAUGUAGGAGAUUAUCCACCCUUAGAGAGCGUGGAUCUCAGUCUGAGGUAGAGGAAGAAGGCAAUGAGGCCCCUCUGCUAAGUUCUGCCUACAAGUCAAAGGUUGCAAGAGCGUCCGUAGAUGAAGAAAAUGAAUUUAGCUCGGAUGAUAGCAGAGUCAAUUCUCUUUUAAGCAUCGAUGAUUUAACCGGGAAACCUGCUCUCAGAGUUCUCCAUGAAAUGCUGCUGAGAAGCACACGCAAAAGACCCCAACAGGCUACCGUGCAAGAUCUCCUGGGUAGUUCGGGUUGUUUUGAAUUACCAGAGGAUUCUCUUUCAAGACUUAUUGGCAGGAAAAUGGGUUUAGUCACAUUUGAUAUUUUAGCUGAACUGAAAUACAGAAACUUAAAGCACAUAAUUGCAUCCAUUUUGGGCCUCAUGAAUGUGGAAAGUAUUUGCAGUAUGUGUAGGGUUAGCAGAGACUGGCGUGAUAUUAUUCUCCAAGAUAAGAGCGCACAUCAGAGAAGGAAAGCUUACAUGAGAAGGCUAAAAACUGAAGCUGAGCAAGGACGGCAGCAAUCGUUCGAAGACUCUGCAACCACAUUAAACAUUUUAAGCCGAUCGGCUCUAAAAUCUGUUCAGAUUCAAGCUAGGACAGCAUUUCAGACCCCAACUUCUUCCUUGACUCCUGGAGAUAACAAAUCCAUCCAGUCAGCAAGCAAACACCAAGAAUAUCUGAAGGUUGCCAAAACUCUGUUUACAGAUGAAGCUUUAAAACCAUGUCCGCGGUGCCAGUUCCCUGCAAAAUAUCAAGCACUCAAGAAAAGAGGCAAGUGCAGUAGAAAAGACUGUGGCUUUGAUUUCUGCGUCCUUUGUCUGUGCACUUUCCAUGGUUCAAAGGAAUGCGGCACUGGAUCCGCAAAAAGGAUACCGAAAAAAGAGGCGCUUCCUGGAAGUGCCCAAAGCAAAAGGAAUUUGAAGAGACUUUAAAGUUUAUCAUCCAGCAGAUCCCUGUUUUAUCAGUUUUUUUUUUUUUUUUUUUUUUCCUUUAUUUUUAUGAGUGGGGGCGGUUGUAUGACCAGAGGCUUUAUAAAUGUACAUUUGUUCUGUAGAUUCUUUGGUGUGUUUAAUGAUUGCAGUACAUUCACAUAUUUAAAUACUUUGGUGCAAUUUAGGGUGAAAAUAAAAUUUGGAAUGCAAGGUACACUUUGCAACCAUAGCACUUAAUGCCACUAUUUUGCACACAAGGUGUGUAUAUCUGUGACUGCGCUGUGAUGAUUGAAAGCUCCCACAGAUUUUAUGUGUAUAUAUACAUUCAUUUGUUUAAUGUUGCAAGUCUUGCUUCUUUUAUAGUUUCCUUUUAUGAAAUAAGUAUGUUGUGUCUCUAUUCAGCUGCAUUUUUAAUAAAAUAUAUUUUAGAAUACA